AGUGUGUUUGAGUGGCGCUGCUGGAUGGGACCAUGGGGCACUCUUUGCUCGGUGUGCUGUCGUUAUUCUUGCUGAAUACACUCCUCUCCUGUGGACACACUGAAUAUGCUGAGCUGACCUUUGAACCCAACUCAACCACUCUAUAUUCUGGGGAGCACGUUAAUUUCACGUGUCACAUGAGAGAAGCAAAUGUCAGUGAGUGGUAUUAUGAAUUCACGUGGAACGACAAACCACUCGUCUCCAUCCCUUCAACGAACGUCCUCAGGAUUCCAGAGCUAACGCCAGACAGGAACGGGGAUUAUCAGUGCAUUGCUCACCAUAACAGCUCAGAAGAGAACAAACGGAGCAAUAGGGCCACUCUUUCUGUAUCAGCACACAAACCCAGAGCCACAGUGAGAGCAUCCAGGACGUCCAUACCAGUGGCCGGCACUCUGACUCUGACCUGUUCUGUUGAGGAGUCUGCGGGUUGGAGCUACGACUGGUUCACACGUUCCCCAGACGAUGAUGAAACCGCCAUCGCAACAAAUCCUGUGCAAAACUCUAUCAGCAUCUCACACGGAGGCAUCUACUGGUGCAGGGGAAGAAGGACUAACUCAGAUUUCUUCUCAGAGAAGAGUCACGUGCAUCACAUCGAGAAAACCUUGUCCAACAGAAGCUUUGUCAUGCUGCAACACAACUGGACUCAGAUAUUCAGCGGUGAGACGAUCUCUGUCAGGUGUGAGAUCCAGGGAGGAGGAGACACCCAGUGGGAAUAUGAAUGGAGGACAACAAGCUCCCACCAACCAGUCACUGGUACAAACACAGCUCCCACACACAGUGAAUACAGGCUCGGCACUGCCUCUGUUUUCCACAGUGGAGAGUACUGGUGUAAGGCCAGAGCGGACUUGUAUUCCUCAACAGAGUGGAGUGACGCCUUCCAGCUGAGAGUAACACCCAAUAAUCCCAGGCCCAGGCUGACUGCCGAUAACACAACCAUAACAGGAAAGGGAAGCUUAGCACUGAUCUGCUCUGUGGAUAACGCGGCUGAGUGGAGAUACGACUGGUUCAGAAGAACCUCAGCCUCCUCUGCAGCUCAGAUCAUAAGAUAUAAUGAAACAGAUGAUGAAAUCAGCAUCUCAGAGGAAGGCAUCUACAACUGCAGAGGAAGGAGAGGAGACACAACUUUCUUCACAGAGGACAGCAACCUAGUCACAAUAGAGAAAAGAGUUUCCCACAAGUCGUCUGUGGCCCUGCAACCUGACUGGUCUCUGAUAUUCAGCGGUGAGAUGAUCACUGUCCGCUGUGAGGUCCCUGCAGAUGUAUUGACUGAGUGGGAGUAUGAAUGGAGGAAACCCAACUCAAAUACUGUUCCAACACGCAAUGAAUACAGGAUUGUCAAUGCGUCCUCGUCCGACAGUGGAAACUACAGGUGUUUGGCUAAAGACAAGAAGAACUUGUAUAACACAACCGAGUGGAGCGAUGUCGUCACAUUAAUAGUUUCUGCGGCUGCACCACAACCUGUCGUCACUGUGUCUCCGUCAUGGCUGACUCCUGGAGCCUCAGUGACUCUCACCUGUGGGGUUCAACAUCCGACUGCAGGAUGGAGGUUCUACUGGUACAGAGUUGACCUGAUUAGUUCAUAUGAAGACCCCAGAUGUCAACAGACAUUUCCAAAUUGGAUGAUGGAUAUGCACAUUCCUGACAAGUACAGUUAUGAGCUGCUCCCAGGAAGCAACGGAGGGACUGAACAAAACUCCUACGUCAUCCAAGGCCAGACGAAGUCAGCAGGUUAUGCAUGUCGAGCUGGAAGAGGAGACCCCGUGUUUUACACUGAGUACAGUGAGCCAAAGUGGGUCUGGUCUGGAGAUUCCUAUUCAUCAGUGUCUCUCACAGUGAGUCCGGACACAGUGCAGCACUACUUUGAUGACUUUGUCCAUCUGACCUGCGAGGGAAACUCUGAUAAGUGGAGAUUGUGGAGGUUUUCUGAAGACGAAGUAGGAUUGUCAGAGUGCAGCUCUCAGGAGACAAUCACAAGGUUCACAUGGUCCAUGGGAAGACUUCCUUCUGGAGUUUUCUGGUGUGAAUUUGGAUCAGAGCUCAGCAACGCACUCAACAUCACUUCAGUUCCAGAUCGUCUUAUCCUGGAGAGCCCUGCCCAUCCUGUGACUGGGGGACAGUCCGUUACUCUCCGAUGCUCAUCGUUCAGAAGAAACCUCUAUUCCAGCUUCUCUUUCUACAAAAAUGGUGGACUCCUCCAAAGUGAAGUCAGCUGGAAACUGGAAAUCUCAGCUGUGUCAAAGUCAGAUGAAGGUUUCUACAAGUGUGAACAUUCAGGAAACUUCUCAGAGGAGAGUUGGAUGUCAGUAAAAUCACCUCCCUCUACGUCUCCUGUGCCGCUGGUCAUUGUGCUGGUUGGUGGCAUCACACUGAUUCUCUUCCUCUCGCUGCUACUGUUGUGUUGGUACAGGAAUUCAAAGAAUCUGUGUUGUGACAGGCUCAGCCAGUCUCUGAGAACCAAUCAGAGCUCAGACCCAACUGUCCACCACAAUGAAAACCAACUGCAAGUGUACUCGUCUCUUCUCCACGGUGACAACCGCAUCUAUGAAUCAAUCAGAGGAAACACGGAGGAAGGAACCCGAGGUGAUCCAGAGGAGAGGUCUGACUACGUUAAUGAAAAUCCACAUUCAGCUUCAGAUCUGUGUUGUGACAGGCUCAGCCAGUCUCUGAGAACCAAUCAGAGCUCAGACCCAACUGUCCACCACGAUGAAAACCAACUGCAAGUGUACUCGUCUCUUCUCCACGGUGACAACUGCAUCUAUGAAUCAAUCAGAGGAAACACGGUGGAAGGUACUAUAUAA